GGCUCUGUUCCUCACGCUGCAGCCCCCGCCGUAGCAGCCGCGGAGCCCACUGCCACCGCUUCUGAGCAGAAGAUGGCUGUGCCUCCCACGUAUGCUGAUCUUGGCAAAUCUGCCAGGGAUGUCUUUACCAAGGGCUAUGGGUUUGGCUUAAUAAAACUUGAUUUGAAAACAAAAUCUGAGAAUGGACUGGAAUUUACAAGCUCAGGUUCAGCCAACACCGAGACCACCAAAGUGACGGGCAGUCUGGAAACCAAGUACAGAUGGACCGAAUAUGGUCUGACGUUUACGGAGAAAUGGAACACUGACAACACACUAGGCACGGAGAUUACUGUGGAAGAUCAGCUUGCACGUGGCCUGAAGCUGACCUUCGAUUCAUCCUUCUCACCAAACACUGGGAAAAAAAAUGCUAAAAUCAAGACAGGGUACAAGCGGGAACAUAUCAACCUGGGCUGUGACAUGGAUUUCGACAUUGCUGGGCCUUCCAUCCGGGGUGCUCUGGUGCUGGGUUACGAGGGCUGGCUGGCUGGCUACCAGAUGAAUUUUGAGACCGCAAAGUCUCGAGUGACCCAGAGCAACUUUGCAGUUGGCUACAAGACUGAUGAGUUCCAGCUUCACACUAAUGUAAAUGAUGGGACAGAGUUUGGUGGCUCCAUUUAUCAGAAGGUGAAUAAGAAGUUGGAGACUGCUGUUAAUCUGGCCUGGACAGCAGGAAACAGUAACACUCGCUUCGGAAUAGCAGCCAAGUACCAGAUCGACCCUGACGCCUGCUUCUCGGCCAAAGUGAACAACUCCAGCCUGAUAGGGUUAGGAUAUACUCAGACCCUAAAGCCAGGUAUCAAACUGACACUGUCAGCUCUGCUGGAUGGCAAGAAUGUCAACGCUGGUGGCCACAAGCUUGGUCUAGGACUGGAGUUUCAAGCAUAAAUGAAUACUGUACAAUCGUUUAAUUUUAAACUAUUUUGCAGCAUAGCUACCUUCAGAAUUUAGUGUACCUUUUAAUGUUGUAUGUCUGGGAUGCAAGUAUCGCUAAAUAUCAUGUUAGACUUCCAGGUUAAAGAUGAUUCAGCUUCAGGGUGUUACCCUUUCAGAGGUACAGAAGAAACCCAAUUUCAAAAAAGGUCCUUUUAGCUGUAGACUUGAGGGGGAGCUUGCUGGCCCCUCUAAAGAUGUCAGGUUUCUUUUUUACCUAGAAAUGGCUGCAAGUGGAAGUUGAUAAUUUGCAGGCACUUUGUAAUUUGUAAAUUCGUAUUGAGUAAAUGAAUGAAAUUGUGACUUCCUGAGAAUUGAACCUUGGUUUCCUACCCUGAUUGAGGAGAGGCUGUUUGAUGGUAUAUACAAACUCAUCUGAAAGGGACUUUUUUAGUCAGGGACUUUUUCCACCCCAAUCCAUCACCUCUUUUACACCAAAAGUAGUCUGCAGGGCGUGGUAGCUGUUUCUUUUGUGCCAUUUUGGGGUGGAGAAGGUGGAUGUGAUGAAGCCAAUAAUUCAGGACUUAACUGUGUUUUUUCUCAUGUUGUGUUUUUUUGCCCUUGCACCAGAGUAUGAAAUAGCUUCUAAGAGCUCCAGCUGCAAGCUGGGAAGAGUCUCUGUGACUGUAAUCACAUGGUGACAACACUCAGAAUCUAAAUUGAACUUCUGUUGUAUUCACGCCACUCAGUUUAUUUUUUAGCAGUUUAAUAGGUACAUUUUAGAGUCUUCCAUUUUGUGUGGAAUUAGUUCCUCCCCUUCAAAUGCUGUAAUUAACAUGACUUAAAACUUGAAUAAAAUAUUGAAACCUUAUCCUUCUUUUGUUGUCUUUAUUAAUAGAAGUGUAAAUAAAC